AAAGAGAAGAGAAGAGAAAAGAGAAAGAAGAGAAGAGGAGAGAGAAAGAGAGAGAUGGGUUUUGAAGGAGUGAGAGAGAUUCCAUUUCUUGAUUUCUCCAAGCAGAGUCUAGACUUGGAGGAAGGCAGUGAGGAAUGGAAGGCCCUGUGCAACAAAGUUCGGGAGGCGUGUGAAGACUAUGGUUGUUUUCAGGUGGCCUACGAUGGGAUUCCUGUGCAGCAGCAUGAAGAGAUGUUCGUGGCCAUAAAGGAAUUGUUCGAGCUUCCUGCGGAGACCAAGAAGAAGAACAGCAGCACCAAACCUUACUUCGGCUACGCAGGCAAGUCGGACGACGUUCCUCUCUAUGAGAGCCUCGGCGUCGAGGAUGCAUCCAGACUCGAAUCUGCUCAAGCUUUCACGGAACUGAUGUGGCCGGACGGGAACCCGGGUUUCUGUGAAAAGCUCAACUCCAUGAGCUCAAAGAUGCAGGAACUGGGGCUACUAAUCAGGAAAAUGAUCUUCCAGAGCUUGGGCUUGGAAAUGUACUAUGAUUCACAUGCGGAAAGCAGCAAUGGCCUCUUGCGUCUGAAUAAGUAUGAAGCUCCGCCAGCAGGCAGCGAGUCGGCCAUGGGUCUGUUAGCCCACAAGGACAAAAGCCUCAUAACAAUUUUAUCUCAGAACCACGUAAAGGGUCUCGAGGUGCUCACUAAUGAUGGCAGUUGGGUCUCUGUAGCUCCAUCCGAAGGCUCGUUUAUAGUUUUCAUCGGCGAAAUGCUAGAGGCCUGGAGUAAUGGGAGACUUCUUGCACCAAAGCACAGAGUAGUAAUGAGCGGAGACAUAGAGAGGUAUUCGUUUGCACUGUUUUGCAUACCAAAGGAAGGAGUAGUGAUUGAGGUCCCCAAAGAGCUUGUUGACAAAGAGCACCCACUCCUCUUCCGACCCUUCAAAUACAUGGAUUUUCUUCGCUACUUCCAAUCAGUCGUUAAUUCCAACGCAUUGGAAAACGAAAAUGUACUGGGUGUAUAUGCUGGAAUCUGAUGGUUUUUAUAUGUGUAUGUGCAUAUAUGCAACAUAUUAAGAAUAUGUGAUGUUAUUUAUAUAUAUAUAUAUAUAUUGGGAAAAUUAUAGUGGUUGUGAAUA